CUGCAAAAGCGAACAGCCGAUGAGAUCAGAGGUGGGGGCUGCUUCUCUGAAUCAUUGUAGGAGAUGGGUCUCCUUUUUUUAAUAAUUUGUUCGGUGAAUAUCGGCAGUCUCUUCUUUCCAUUGGCAUUAUAAUUAGUCCAGGAGGAGCCAAUGCUUUCUUUUUGACUCCAUUGAUGAACACUGGAGCUUGGAGGGGAAAUGGUGUCUGAGCAUCCUCUUCCUUCCUCUAACCGCUCUCCCAAACUCAGCAGCAACAGCAGCUUCUUCACUACUCGCUUCAACGGGCUUCUGCUGGCACUCUGAAGUUUGGAACUUCCUCUACAUGCGAGCACUUGUUCUUGCUUUGAUCUUCCAGAUUGCUUUCUUUGUUUAAACAAUGGGAGUACCGAUUUGUCGGAUUUUCUGAUCUCCAAGCUGAGUGCUGAGUGACGAUUUCUUUUAGCUCGUGAAGGUCUUAUUUAUCUGUAUGCAGUAUCUUCUCUGAUGUAGCUGGUGACAUUACGAUAGUUGUCCAUGAGGAGUCUUUCUUGCUGCACAAGUUUCCCUUGGUGGCUCGUAGUGGGAGAAUACGGAAGCUCAUUGCCAGCUUCGACAAAGAUUCGGGAGUUUCAAUGCUCGAGUUUCCCGAAUUCCCUGGUGGGCCCCAUUCUUUCGAGCUUGCCAUGAAGUUCUGCUAUGGGAUAAACUUCCAGAUCAUGACCGCGAACAUUGCAGGCCUCCGCUGCGCUGCAGAUUUCCUGGAGAUGACUGAGGACUACAGGGAAGACAACCUUGUUUCCCGAACAGAAGCAUUCCUGGACGAGGUUGUCUGCCAGAGUCUCGAGAAGUCUGUGGAAGUCCUAACUUCGUGCGAAUCCCUGGGUCCAAUGGCCGAGGAGGUUGGGAUUGUCAAGAAAUGUGUCGAGGCUAUAGCCAUGAAUGCUUGCAAAGAACAGCUGGUGUCAGGCUUGUCUAGGCUAGAAUGUGAUGAUCGGUCAUCGGAAUUUAAGGGCGGUUGCCUAGAUUGGUGGGUUGAAGACCUAUCGAGUUUAGGGAUCGAAUCUUAUCAGAGGGUCAUUAGAGCAAUGGGAGGACUUGGGAUUCGGCCUGAUAGUAUUAUCAUGUCUCUAAUGCAUUAUGGGCAGAACUCGCUGAAGGGUGCUGGGAGAGGUCAGAUUUGGAGCUUGUCUAGGAUGAAACCGGACCGUGGGUUCGGAGACAGAGAUCAGAGGAAGGUCGUGGAAACGCUUGUGACUCUGAUGCCCUCGGAUAAGAACUCCUCGGUGCCCCUGAGCUUCUUGUUCGGAUUGCUGAGGAUGGCAAUAAUGGUUGAUGCAGACGUUUCUUGCAGACUUGAGCUCGAGAGGAGGAUAUCGUUUAGGCUUGAAAUGGUCUCCCUUGAUGAUCUUUUGAUUCCUUCAGUUCGACCUGGAGAUUCCUUGUUUGAUAUAGACACGGUUCACCGAAUACUGGUAAAUUACCUCCAGCGUAUGGAGGAAGAGGAAGAAAAUGUAGCCAACAGUGAAUACGAGUCUGAUAUGCUUAAUUCUCCUGGUCAUGGCUCGCUGCUCAAGGUUGGACGGCUCAUCGAUGCGUAUCUGGCAGAGAUUGCCCCCGAUCCUUACCUGAGCUUGCAAAAGUUCAGUGCUAUGAUCGAGAUUCUACCAGAUUAUGCCCGCGUGAUUGAUGAUGCACUAUAUCGAGCGGUUGAUAUAUAUCUAAAGGCACACCCACUCACCGAGCACGAGUGCAAGAAACUCUGCAAGUUCAUAGACUGCCAGAAGUUAUCUCAAGAAGCCUGCAACCAUGCAGCACAGAAUGAUCGGCUUCCCCUCCAAAUGACCGUUCGCGUGCUCUACUUCGAGCAGCUCCGACUAAAGACUGCCUUUUCGGGAAGUUCUGGUGAUGGAUUUUUCUCCCAAAAGAUGAGCAGCGGGAUUCCAAGUGCACCUAUGUCCCCUCGGGAUAACUAUGCUUCGUUAAGGAGGGAGAAUCGAGAACUCAAGCUCGAGAUAUCAAGGAUGAGAGUGAGGCUCAGCGAACUUGAGAAGGAGCAGAGGGUCAUGAAACAGGGGAUGAUGGACAAGGCAGGGAAUGGAAAGACAUUGUUAAAUUCGAUAUCGAGAGGGUUCGGGAGGAUUGGGAUUUUCGGCACACAGAGCAGUAGGAAAAGACAGAAACCUGGUAGAAAAUCUCGGAGUAGGAGGCAUUCGGUUUCCUAGAGUUGUCCGAUUUUUUUUCGCAAUGUAAUCGAUAUUUCUUUGAGGAUCAUGGGACUAUUCGAGUUCAAUUCCAUUUGUUUAUUACAAAACAAUGAGAUCACAUCACCUUAUCA